AAACACUGGAAACCUGCAAUAAACAGAGUUGCUUAUGCUUACUAAGCUUAAGCUAAUACUCGUCACUUUAAGCUGCUCAUUUGACAAUUAAGUUAAUUGUAAUUAUUUAUAUGAAAUUGACCUGUUUGUUUAGUUAAUCAAAUUUUAUUUAUUUAUUGAGUGUCAAUCUAGUAAAUUUUUGAAAUUGUCAAAUAAUUGCCAUGAGGCUAACCUUAUCUCCGGAAUGGAUUCCUGUUAUUGUUUUUAUAUUUGUAUUUAUUUUUGAAUCAUUAGCCGGGAGAGAUUUUUAUCAAAUCUUGGGGGUAGCUAAGAAUGCUAACCUAAAUCAAAUUAAAAAAGCUUAUCGAAAACUCGCCAAAGAAAUGCAUCCUGAUAGAAAUAAAGAUGAUCCAAAAGCUCAAGAAAAAUUCCAAGAUUUAGCAGCGGCAUAUGAGGUUUUAUCAGACGCCGAUAAACGAAAAACAUAUGAUAGGCAUGGAGAAGAAGGUUUAAACAGGGAUUCUUUUGGAGGUAGCGAUCCAUUUUCAAGUUUUUUUGGUGAUUUCGGUUUUUCAUUUUUUGGACAAGACAAUAGAGAAGAAAGAGAAACGCCGAAAGGUGGUGAUGUUAUAAUCGAUUUAUGGGUGACUCUUGAAGAGCUGUAUUCUGGUAAUUUUGUUGAACUUGUCAGAAACAAAGUUGUCUUCAAACAAACAAGUGGUACCCGUAAAUGCAAUUGUAGACAAGAAAUGGUAACCCGCCAACUGGGACCUGGACGAUUCCAAAUGAUGCAACAAUCAGUCUGUGAUGAGUGCCCUAACCAAGAAUUAGUCAAUGAAGAAAAACUUUUAGAAAUUGAAAUUGAACCUGGUAUGAAAGACGGCCAAGAACAACGUAUAAGAGGAGAAGGAGAACCUCAUAUUGAUGGUGAUCCCGGUGAUUUAGUGAUAAAAGUGAGAACCUCUCCACAUCCGAUUUUUGAGAGAAGAGGCGACGAUUUGUACACUAAUGUUACAAUUUCUCUUACUGACGCAUUAAUUGGUUUUGAAAUGACAAUACCUCAUCUUGAUGGUCACAAAAUCAACGUAAAACGCGACAAGAUAACCUGGCCAGGGGCUAGAAUGAGAAAACCUAAUGAAGGAAUGCCAAAUUAUGAAAACAAUCUUUCCCACGGAACACUUUUUAUAACUUUUGAUGUUGAUUUUCCUAAAGGUGAAUUAACUGAAGAACAGAGAAAUCAGAUCAAAGCAUUACUUCAAGAGCCUUCCAAAACCAAAGCUUAUAAUGGUUUACGAGGAUAUUAAUUUCACACAAUUAAAAAUUUUACAAAAAAAUCUAAAAUAAUUGCAUUUUGAUUCUCACUUUAAAGUAAAACUGUGAAUAUACUCUUAAAA